AUGAGCAAAAAUGGUUUCGACAGGACGCUCAGGGGUAGAGAAGCACCAAGAUUGUCAGAAUAUAAUUUCAAUGUUGAUGCGGCCAGCAUCGUAUCAACCAUCGGGCACAUCAAGGAAACCAAGUGGCUCCGACCGUUACAGUCUGAACCUACCCAAAGAGAUCCUAUCUUGAUGUGCAAGUAUCACGACACUCAUGGCCACAGGACCGAGGACUGCCAACAAUUGAGAAAAGAAGUUGCCCGGUUGUUCAAUAACGGGCACCUCCGAGAAUUUUGUAGCGAUCGAACCAAAAAUAACUUCAGGAACAGGGACGCCAACAAACAGGCCGAACUUGAGGAGCCUCAACACGUCAUCAACAUGAUCAUUGGAGGGGUCAAUAUCCCUCAAGGACCGAUGAUAAAGCGUACUAAAGUAUCUAUCACAAGGGAAAAACGUACCCGAGAUUAUGUCCCAGACGAAACCAUCUCGUUCAACGACGAGGAAGCUGAGGGCAUCGUGCAACCACACAAUGAUGUGCUGGUAGUAUCCGUAAUUAUUAAUAGAUCUCGAGUUAAACGUGUAUUGAUUGAUCCAAGUAGCUUGGCCAACAUCAUCAGAUCGAGGGUCGUAGAGUAG